UUUUUUCUGGCGCCCAGUGAUGACGCAGUACUCCCUGAUUGGCUCUGCUCUGGAGGCAGUGAUUUGGGUCAGAGAAUUCUGCAAGCCUAACACGUGGUAGUGAACUGUGAGGAGUUUGAGGGAUCUGAAGACUAAAAGAGUUGAAUGGUUUGGAGGACCUAGAAGAAUUCCUUAGGAUGAAGCUGAGUCUUACCAAAGUAGUUAAUGGCUGUCGCCUAGGAAAAAUAAAAAACCUGGGCAAAACAAGGGACCACACCAUGGACAUUCCAGGCUGCCUUCUGUACACCAAGACUGGCUCUGCCCCACACCUCACCCAUCACACGCUGCAUAAUAUCCACGGGGUUCCUGCCAUGGUUCAGCUUACGCUGUCGUCCCUGGCAGAACAUCAUGAAGUCUUGACAGAAUAUAAGGAAGGAGUUGGAAAGUUUAUAGGCAUGCCGGAAUCACUCUUGUACUGCUCCCUGCACGAUCCAGUCAGUCCCUGCCCGGCUGGUUAUGUAACAAACAAGACUGUGUCUGUGUGGGGUGUUUCAGGACGAGUGGAAAUGACUGUUUCCAAGUUCAUGGCAAUUCAGCAGGCCCUUCAGCCAGACUGGUUCCAGUGCCUCUCUGAUGGAGAAGUAUCUUGUAAGGAAGCAACUUCCAUAAAAAGGGCCAGAAAGUCUGUUGAUCGAUCACUUCUCUUCUUGGAUAACUGUUUGCGGCUACAGGAGGAGUCAGAGGUCCUUCAGAAGAGUGUGAUCAUUGGCGUGAUUGAAGGUGGAGAUGUGAUGGAAGAGAGGCUGAGGUCAGCACGAGAGACAGCCAAGCGGCCCGUAGGUGGCUUCCUUCUGGAUGGUUUUCAAGGAAAUCCAACAACCCUGGAGACUAGACUACGCUUGCUGUCAUCAGUCACUGCGGAGCUGCCGGAGGACAAACCAAGGCUCAUAUCUGGUAUUAGUCGACCAGAUGAGGUGCUCGAGUGUAUUGAAAGAGGAGUAGACUUAUUUGAGAGUUUUUUCCCUUAUCAAGUAACAGAGCGGGGAUGUGCCCUAACUUUCAACUUUGAUUACCAGCCGAAUCCUGAAGAGACACUAUUACAACAAAAUGGAACACAAGAAGAAAUAAAAUGUGUGGAUCACAUAAAGAAAAUUGAAACAACAGGUUGCAACCAAGAAAUAACAUCAUUUGAAAUUAAUCUGAAGGAAAAAAAGUACCAGGAGGACUUUAACCCACUGGUGAGAGGAUGCUCCUGUUACUGCUGUGAGAAUCACACUCGGGCGUACAUCCACCAUCUGCUGGUAACCAAUGAGCUGCUGGCCGGAGUCCUGCUUAUGAUGCACAACUUUGAACACUACUUUGGAUUUUUCCAUUCCAUCCGGGAAGCACUAAAAAGUGACAAACUGGCACAGCUGAAAGAGCUCAUCCACAGGCAAGCAUCUUGAGAUCUUGCAAAUACGAGUCUCACUCUUCACACUGAGCCUGUACCACUGUUGUAACAUGGGAAGACAUGAAGAAGAAAUAAUCUGAACUUUAUUUAUAUUCAGACAUAGGGUCUCCUAAAAUAAAGAAUAUUUGUACCAAACUGCCCACAUAAGGGUGAGGAGAUUUAUUCUAAAGACUUAAAUGAAGACCAGAUGCGGUGGCUCACACCUGCAAUCCCAGCACUUUGGGAGGCCAAGGCAGGUGGAUCACCUGCAGUCAGGAGUUCGAAACCAGCCUGGGCAACAUGGAGAAACCCUCUCUCUACUAAAAAUACAAAAUUAGCCGGGCAUGGUGGUACAUGCUGUAAUCCCAGCUACUUGGGAGGCCGAGGCAGGAGAAUCACUUGAACCCAGGAGGCGGUGGUACCCUGAGCAGAGAUCGUGCCAUUGCACUCCAGGCUUGGUGACAAGAGCAAAACUCCAUCUCAAAAAAAACAAACCAAAAAAAAAACCAAAGAUGUAAAUGACCUGGAUUGAUCAGAGAGAAUUGAAAUGUGACUUUUAAAAAUUCUAGACUAAUUCUUUUAGUUGAUAGAGAUUCAUUUAGUCAAAGACAAAAGCUUUAGCUGUGAGGACACAACCUUGAAGUGGGAAUGAUGAGAUUCCGAGGGACCAAUGAAUUGGAUUGAGGCUUCAGGGGAAAUGACUGUGAGAUGCAUGACCUCUGGACAUAAACCUGUUGAUUUGAGAAGAAAUCUGGCUGGUUUGAGGGUUUCUUUUAGUUCUUCCUCAUACUCUAAGGAGACUCUUUUGGAUACUUUCGUCUUCCACCCUGCCCUGGCAGUGCAGCCAAUCAGAAAUGGCUCUUGUGACUUAACUGGCUCAGAUAUCCUGGGAAUGUGGGGCUUGAACAUUGCUCCUGUGAUUAUCUGUCCCAGGUCACACUCCUUCAUUUGACCACUUGGCCUAUUUGCAACUUCUUUUUAGAGCCAAUACAAUUGCUUAUUAGCCAAAAGUUUGCCCAGCUGCUUUCAUCUGCUUGUACAGAUCCAUUGUGGUCUUCCUUCCAGGCUCAUCAAUAGUCUAACCACAUAGUAACUGAAGCCCCAUCUCUUGUGAAGAUUCAUUCUCAAUGUGUUCACUUGGACAGAGCCCUGCCUGGCCUAACGAUUAGAGGACUAGUUUCCAUCCUGCUCAGAUCUGACUCCUGGGCAAUUCACUUAACUUCUGUAUGCCUGUUUCCUGCUGAAUAAAUAGGGACAGGCAUAAUAGAUAGGAAUGAAUGAACUUUUAAGAUACUGUCUAGCUCUAAAAUUUGAAGAACAAAAUGUUUUAGAUUAGAGUCAUAGCCUUAAUAGCCAUAAUUGUCAUCCUGGGAGACAGGCAACAGUAGAGAUAUUUGAGAGCCUAAAGACAGGUUUUGCCUGUGGGUUUUAUAAUGGUUGUUCUAUUGGUAUCAGGAGAUCCUGAGUCUGGUAGGGGAAGGUGGUUCUUUCUAAGUUACCUCUAUAUUUUUCAAGUUUUCUAUAAGGAAUACACAUAUACCCACAUGCAUACACCAUAGUUUUUAGACAAACAGCAAUAACAAAACCAAAAAGAUGCCCCUUUUUUUGUAGGGGUAAGAAAUGUGCACUUGUUUUAUACUCCUAUGCUAUAUUUUGCUCUUUAUUCAAAAUUUAGUGGGCAUUACUUAAUGGUGUUUCUAAUUAUUUUGUGGCUGCUGUAUGGGAGCCUAUUAUAUUAGGCUAUCCUUGGAUUGCCGUAAAGAAACACCUGAGACUGGGUAAUUUGUAAAGAAAAGAGGUUUAAUUGGCUCACGGCUCUGCAGGCUUUACAGGAAGCAUGGUACUGGCAUUUGCUUGGUUUCUGGGGAGGCCUCAGGAAGCUUAAUCAUGGCAGAAGGUGAAGAGGGAGCAGGCACAUCACAUGACAAAAGCAGGAACAAGAUUCAGAGCAAGAACUCACUUAGCACCAAGGGGAUGGCCCAAGCCAUUCUUAAGGGAUCCACCUUCACAGCUCCCAACACCUUCCACUAGGCCCCACCUUCAGCAUUGGGGAUUACAUUACGUCAUGAGAUUUGGGUGAGGACAAAUAUAUCGAAACUAUAUUACCCAUUUAUAUGAUUUUAAUAGUGUGGGAAUGUCCACGAAUAAAUUCUUGGACAGCCUCAUAACUUCUCCAUGAAUGGCAAGGGUUACUUACAUAAAACAGUUUUCCAAGGAUCUGAUUGUUUUGAAACAUGUUGGAUUGGACCUGUUCAUAAUGUUCAUAUUUUUGUGCAAUGCUAAAUGCAUUGUUAGGGGAGUAUUGGUAAAUAUUAUAGAAUCCAUAUGAAAUUAAUGAGUUUAUGUCCAAAACACUGAGAACCAUGUCCAAUAUUGUUCAGUUUCCUGGGUCUUUUUCUUAUUAGCACAUUUGAAAAAAAAAAUUCCUUUCCUUUAUUGUAGUAAAUCUAUUAAAGGCAAUAACCAAUAAAACAUUUUUAAUUU